AGGGCAUGUAGGUCUGAACUGCUUCCUUGCGUCGCCGUCUCAGAUGCGCACAGACGGGUGUCACGUCGGCUAGAGUUCGGGUGGUCAGCGCUGGAGUGGAGCGCGAACUGCUUGGUCGAUCGGCGGUCGGGAUGCUGGGGCUAGUGAAAGACAGGCGCGCGGCGGCGGUUGGCUGAACAGCGCCCUCUCACGUCUCUCCACAAAACACGGCGACAAGCACCUGCUGCGCUGUCCAACGCCCGUCCUGGUCUCCCAUGAGGGCUCGAAGCGUCGCGACCCUCGUGAGGCGCGGCCCCGUCUGAACACGCACCAUGGACUCGGCACCCAGCUCGCUCAGCUCGCUGCCCCCGAGCCCGCGGACUCGCUCGCCCUCGCUUUCCGACGACUCGCGGCGGCUCACGGCGGCCUCGCCCGACGACGACGACGACAACAACAACAACAACACGCACGCCGCACCGCCGCGCGAGCUCCCCGAGAGCGGGCGCAUGAGCCGCGCGGGCACGCUGGCGCCGGCUGGCAAGAGCAUGCCCAGCAGCACGGCACCCGCGGCGCAGCCCACGGCCAGGGAGCGGGCGCGAGGCCCGCUGCGGCUGCUCGACCUGCCCGUGGACAUCCUCAAGGACAUCAUACACCAGCUCCCGCACACCAACGACCUCACCUCGCUCUCGCUCUGCCACUCUGCCCUCCACCGGCUGACCGUGCCCUGCAUCUACUCGCGCUUCGACAUUGUGUGGCCCGAUGAGAGCACCCACUCGGAGCCGCGGUCGGGCGUGGAUGCCCUCACCUACGGCCUCGCCACGCUGGUCAUGGGCGACGACUGCUUCCCCCACCAGAACCGCUCGCGCCACCAGUGCAGCGUGCCGGCCACCGCCAGCAAGCGCGCCACUCGCUACCCCAUCACGCGCCGCCGCUUUGGCAACUACUACGCCCAGUUCACCAAGAAGUUCUCCCUGGGCAACGGCCCCGCCGCCUGGGUCCACGAGUACAUGAUCACCAAGGAGGGCGGCAAGAUGCUCGGCACGCUCGUGGCCCUCGCCAUAGCCCGCAUGGUCAACCUCGAGACCUUUGUCUGGGACAUGCCCACCGGCGUGCUCCGAGACGUGUGGCUGGCACUGUCCAGCCUGGCUGAUCGCACCGACGGCGACGACUGCCGUCUUGAGCGCCUGUGGAUACGAUGGCAUGACAACAGCAUCGACGCCCCGGUGCCCCCGCCUGCGCCGCCCAUGAUUCUCAACAACGUGAACGUACCUCCGCCGCCGCCCACGGGCCACCCCAGCGCACCGGUCGCUGUCCAGCCGUCUCUCGUGGUCCCGCCACACUUCCACGCCCACGCCACCCCUGCGAUAGACCGGGUCGAGCAUCCCACAUUCUCCGUCAUCCCUCCGCUGAAGAGCCUGAGUGUUCUCGACAUCGAUGAACUGCCGUAUCUGGAUGAGAUGAGUAUUCUGAUUGCUCGGUCCCAAGACAAGCUCCGCGAACUCAGGGUUGGCAUUGCCCCGCAAGCGCAACAGCGCGACUGGGUCGCUGCGUGGGAGGGUGAGGACAUUCAGCAGGUCGACUACGAUGCUUCAUGGACCGGUGCAAGUGCAAUAGGAGAAAAGAGAUUGGGCGGCGUGCUGGGUGUCCUCGUGGGCCGGGUCCACAACCUGCGGCAUUCUGAAGAGCAGACCGCUCACCAGCUCAAGAGCGCUGCAGUCGGUGGUCGACCUCUUGGAUUGCCAGUCAAGUUUGGAGUUACAGGGGCUACGCCUACGCCUGUAGCUCCAUUGGCGGAUCGCGAGCCCGACCAUACCACGGACCACUUUCUCUUCGGACACCCUCUCGAGCCCGUGGUGUCUGAGGGAGUCAGCAUUGUCGAUGAGAUGCAGUCACUCAACAUACAACCACCUGUAGAUCCGUGGGACGAUCCUUAUGCGAUUAAUCGGAAGGCUGGGCACCGGGCAUCAGCAUACUCGGCUUCAAGUAGCGAGGACAGCGUUCCAGUAGAAGAGAGGUUGACAGGGAUGCUGAAGUUGGAGGUGUUGGAGCUGGAGAGGGUGCCGUUAUCAGUCCCGGUGCUCCUAAAAGCAUUUGACUGGUCGUUGCUCACGACUCUAACCCUGCUCAAUUGCAGCAAUCACGAGCAGCUGUGGAAGUCUCUUCGGAGAACGUACACCCCACGCUCGCCGUAUCCUAAUGGUUCUCCAUCUUCCUCAAAGGCCUACAAAGCUUCCUACACACUCAGGACCGAGUACAGCCUGAACCUCAAGAAGAUACACACCAACACCGUCUCGCCUUCACUGAUAUCAUUCCUCAAAGAGACGUUGGCUCCUAACAGUCUAGAAGUUCUCUUCCUCCAGGAAGGCCGAUCCUACCAAUCCACCGUGACCGUAGACGCCAUCUACCGCGGUCCCCUGCGCCGCCACCGCGCCAGCUUGAAGAAGCUGAUGAUCGACAGCAGCGAGAAGGGCCAGGACGGCCAUGCAACGGGCAGCUCGCGCUGGCGGCGCUGGAUGCUCAACCACAACAUCCUCACCUUCAUUACCAGCGGCAAGAUGAACAAUCUGCGCGAGCUCGCCGUCUCCAUCGACUACAAAGACUGGCAUCACUUCCUCCAACGACUUCCGCACAUUCCGCACAUCCGCUCCCUCUACAUCCCCUACAUCGCCGACCACCUCCACGGCAACAACAUUGACCCGCGCGAGCUCGCCUACCAGAUCCUCGACAUCGUGCACCUGCGCCCGGAAAUCGAGCUCUGCUACAUGGGGCUAUCCUCCAAGUGUUUCGAAAUUCUCGAGAAUCGCCCGUCCAACUACGAUCUUAGGCAUGAGGCCGGACAUGCUACGCAACACUACGCAGCCGAGGACCCCGGGCUGCUGAGCGAGGACGAGAGCGAGGCGACCGAGGACGAGGAGGACGAGAUGGAUGCUGGCGGUGCGGGCUUUGACGAGGGGGAGGACGACGACGAGAGUGAGGAGGGUGAGAGUGUGGCGAGUGUGAGUGAGGAUGAGAGUCUGGCAGGGGAGGGGGGAAAGCGGCCCAAGUUGAGGGUAAGGGAGAUUUUGUUUUACGAAGAGAGGGUUGAGGCGUUUAGACGGAGGCAUGGGGUGCUUCGGCCGUAGUGCGUUGCAAGGAGGUGCAAGGAUAUGCGACACGGAUUGGAAUAAGGUUUGCGCAUUUUGGCGUGCGGGAUUCGGUACGGUACUUCGGAUGGGACGGCGCACGGAAUGACCGAGUGAUAUCCUGUUUUUGCUCGAGUUGGGCUUGUUCACGAAUGGAUAUGCUUCCCACAUAUAUAUAUCAUAAAUUCCAUCUUCUCGGUACGGUCGUGUAGGUUAGCUUGGUAGAUAGCGGUAUCGUCGCAAUACGUGUAUGCAAUC